CUUUGAAAGACGUCCGAUUGACAUCUGAAAGCCACAUCAAUAAUUGAACCAAGACCGCUUCAAACGUUCAAAUAAAAUUCAAAAUGUCCACCACACUUCUUCGCACAUCUACUGCAGCUCGUGCUGCUCUUAGAGCCAGCUCUUCCAAACGAGCUGCCUCAAUGGCAAGCACAAGCUUCAUCCGUGGAAAGGCUACUCUUCCAGAUCUUCCAUAUGACUAUGGUGCGCUCGAACCCUCGAUCUCCGGUAAGAUCAUGGAGCUUCAUCACAAGAACCAUCACCAAACCUACGUUAACAGCUUCAACGCUGCGAGCGAGCAAGUCGAGGCCGCUACAUCCAAGGGAGAUAUUGCUGCUGCUAUUGCACUACAACCUCUCAUCAACUUCCACGGAGGUGGACAUGUGAACCAUAGUUUGUUCUGGGAGAAUUUGGCACCAAGUAAGAAUGGUGGUGGUGGAGAGCCCACCGGCGCUUUGAAGACUGCCAUUGAGACCAGCUACAAAGAUUUCUCAUCUUUCAAGACAAAAUUCAACGCGGCUUUGGCAGGCAUCCAAGGAAGUGGAUGGGCGUGGUUAGUCAAGGACAACGAGACUGGUCAAGUCCAAAUCAGAACAUAUGCAAACCAGGAUCCAGUCGUUGGCAAGUACACUCCUUUAUUGGGUAUUGAUGCUUGGGAGCAUGCCUACUAUCUUCAAUACCAAAACAGAAAGGCAGAGUACUUCAGUGCUAUUUGGGAUGUAAUUAACUGGAAGACUGUGGAAAGCAGAUUGAAGUGAAUUGGAGACGAGGGAGCCAAACAUUAGAUACCUAUGUAGUCGUUAAGCGUAAAAUGAAUGUAUGAUCAGUUCAAGCGUUGUAUUCAGGAUUUCUGAGAAUCUAGGGGAAUGUUCGUCCAUAAACACACAUUUUCACAAGCACAUGGUAAUUCAUAAU